AUGGGAGGUCCAAGUCUGUGGAGCAUGAGCAUGGAUGGAGGAUUUCGCAUGCAACAUGUUGCGCCGAACGAGCAGGUCAUCCAAAGCUUCGCACCCGCACCGCAACCUUCCAGCUUCGGACAAGAGCAGAGCAUGGCAGCACCAAGCUUUCGGGAAAAUUGGGUGGGAAACACACAUCAGUGGUCACAACCAGGAAACUGGAACAACGAUCCGACAUUGACCGCCAACGAUAAUCCGCUACAUGCUAUGCGCGCCCCGGCAAUGCCAUCACCUUCGCAGCACGUACACGCAGACAGGUUCCCCGGAGCGCUCCAACCUCUUACGCACAACUGGUCGUUCGCUCCACAGCUUCAGUAUGCGUCGACCAUCUAUCAGACAACGUUUCAGCUGAACAAUCAAGGGUAUCAACCUCCUUUGGCUCAGGCAUCGAUGAUACCACGAAGCUAUCCCGAGUCUUCGAUUUCACAGGAGCCGAAUGCUCCAGAGAGACUCUCGGCAGAUGUCACGAACAACUACAACUAUCCGCAAAGCGUGGCUCACGGUGCAGUCGGCAACAUGCGUGGUUGGAUUGGCCGAGCCCCUACCACUGGCGAUCGCGCCGUCCCUCGCCUCGACACCAACUUCCUCGCACCACCGGAGCACCUCUCCGCCACCCGCUCACCUACCUCCGCCUCAACAACCGGCUCUUCCCGCCCCGGUUCUCGUCGCAAACCAUGGGAGAUGACAGUCGGCGACUUCGUCUGCGGCUACUGCAACGCCGGCUUCCCAGCCCAAGGCGAUCUCACCCAUCACCUCCGCUCCCACGCACCCUAUACGAGCCGCCAACACGUCUGCGACAGAUGCCACAAGAGAUUCCAAUACCGCAAAGAUCUCCACCGCCAUCUCCCCAAACAUGACCCGAAUCGGAAGAAAUUCUACUGUCCUCUUUCGGCGUGUAAAUAUCACACGAAGGGAUUUGGGAGGGCCGAUCAUCUGGAGAGACACUUGACGAGCCAGCAUCGGAUUGAUACGCCUAUGAGGGCUUCGAGGUCGAGAUCGCCUGCGAACACGAAUUUGAUGAAGUAG